ACCCACAAACGGCAAAUCAUCAAACUGCUCUCGUUCUUCCCCACUCUGCUUCUCAGAGACUUCAUCGCAAUAUCUUAAGCCGAUGUCGAAGUUAGCUCACUGAUCUUCUCUUUUCCUUACAGCCAUGGAACUACAAUCAGUUCUUAUACACUCCAAAACGGCACCGUUCUGUGCCCGCUUCACAGGUAACACCAAACUCUCUCUCAGACAUUUUAACAAACACCUUCAAGUCGAUCCCAUCAACCACAAAAAACCAAUCAAAACCUCCUCGUUUUCUCCAAAAUCAACGAGACCCCAUUAUUUAACUCCUCUCAAAUGCUCAUUUUCCAACGCUAUAAUUCCAGAAUCUCAAAACCCAGUUCCGUUAUCUCUCAAACACCUCUCCUUUGAUUCCCUCAAAGCUUCGCUUUCUCAAUCGACCCCUUACGACGUCGUCAAAUGGUCCGCCGUCUUAUCCGUCGCAAUCGCCGCCGCAAAAUGGACGGUCAACGGGCUCUUCAACCCCUUCUUCUGGAUGUACUUUAGCUGGACUUGGCUUUUCUGGCCAUGGAUUCUCUCCGUCGCUCUCGCCGUUUACGGGCUUUACUGCUUCACCAGGCAUUCUCGCGGCGAAGCCAAUGUGUUCGAGCAAAUCGCGGUGGUUACCGCGGCAUUCGCUUGGCUCACGCUCGUCCCGCCCGCCCAUUUCAAUGGUUUCCUCGAGGGAUGGCCUUACGUGUUCUUCUUCGUUUAUCACUACUUCUUCUUCUUCAAUGUCAGCGUCAGAAAACGGUUGUACGGAGAUUAUUGCGCACGGCCUCACGACCCCAAGUGGGACGUGAAGUUGCCCAAGGGGCAGAGCCUUUUGUUCUGCGUUGGAGUGAUUGUUGGCCAUUGGCUGGCGGCUUUUGAAGGGCCCGAGCUUCAUCGAAUUCCAGGUGGUUUGAGCAAUGUAGGUGUUUGGGUUAUGAUUUUGGUGACGCUUUUGAUGCAGUAUAAUUCGACAUUGUAUCUUGCUAAGUAUUCGGAGAAGGUGGUGGUGCCAACUGCUGUGGUGCAGUUUGGGCCGUACAGAUGGGUUCGUCAUCCGAUAUACGCGUCCACUAUGCUUCUGUUCGUGACUUACUGUAUUGCGCUUCGAGCGCCUUUGACGUCGCUGUUUGUGGUGGCUGUUUGUUUGUGGUAUUAUGAACAGAAGGCAAAGGUGGAGGAGGCUUUGAUGGUUGAAACUUUUGGGGAUGGUUAUAUCGAGUAUGCGAGUAAAGUUAGGUACAAGUUCAUCCCUUUUGUGUAUUAGUUUUUGGGCAUUCAACUUGUUUUGUAGUGCAUUAUGAAUAUUACAUUGCUUUUAACUUAAAAACUUGAGAUUGGAAAUGAAAUAGCUAAAUGUGAUGUUGAUCA